CAGCUCAAUAAGCAAUAAGGGUGACUGGACGAGCAAGUUUUAAUAUGCAACUCUGAGCUGCUUUACAUGUGUGCAAAGCACAGCUUGUUGAUUAUAUUCCGCAAACUGCAAGAAAGUACCGUCUCCUGCAAAAUCAUCGAAAAGACAUCAAGCCAAGCAUGAUGGCUAUGUAUUUCUUCGUAUCUGAUCAGGUGGUACUACUAUUUGACUUCUGGAAUAUUCACUCUGUAGAAGGAAUGGUGCUGACAGUGGUGAUUGUUCUGCUUGUGACGGUCUCUUAUGAAAUGCUGAAAGUGGAAACAGUGAAACUGGACAAGAAAAUAUUGGAUCUGAUGGCAGCACCACCUAACCCUCAAGACGGAACAGCAGAGACGUUACCUAUAAAUCCAAACUCUCAGAACAUCUCCUGUAAAAGGUGGAUAUGGGUUCAUGUGCUCCAGUCUGUUUUGCACAUUAUCCAGGUUGUCCUCAGCUACUUUUUGAUGCUUUGUGCCAUGUCCUACAAUGUAUGGGUUUUCCUGAGUUUAAUUGCUGGAGCUGGAAUUGGGUAUUUUGUGGCAUACCCACUGAUCAAGACUUGUUAGUUGGCACAGGUAUGCACCUGUAAUUCUUCAUUCACAACAGAAACAGCCACAUUGCAGAGAAGAUUUGAGAGAAACAGAUAGAUUGGAUCAUCGUCUUAGAUUGUCUCAGAGAAACUGUCUUCUUUAUACCACAAUUUUAUGCAGAAGCACUUCAAACCAAACCAUAUAACUGCCUUCCAGCGACUACUGCUCUGCAUAUCCACAACUUUGUUUUCUAUUUAAUGGUAAAAAUUGCACAAUGCUUUGGUGUGACUUAAAGAAAAGGUGCGAGUAUAUAUGCUGCACUGAAUAUGAAUACUGUAUAUAUUUUUUGAUUUUUGGUUUAAUAACUUGCAACAGAUUUUGAACAGUUUGCAGUUUAAAUGUACAGAUAAUUAUAAAUUUGGUGAAAUGUGUUGGAAAACCACAAAUAUCUAGACCAAAUGACCUGAAGUGACACAUAUAAUACAAAAUAAUGACGACUGAGGGUGUGAGUGAAUCACUGUCGAUUUCAGCAAAGCCACUUGAAACAGAUUGAACACAAAGGCUAUUGCCUGAAGAUUAACAACUUUGGAUUGUGUCACUUGGAUGUGGAAAUGUUUGAGCCUCAGUACAGUUCCACACAUUUCUUCAUGGUGUUAGAUUAUUGCAGCUGUGUUUUUUUCAGAAAGUUCAUUCAUGGGGUGAGUGUUUCACUGUCUAUUCCAGCAUUUGAUUGCCUAAAUUAAGAAUCAACCACACUGCUGUGAGCCUGGACUCACAGGUAGGCCAGGCCACCAGGCUUUCCUUCCAUAAGGGACAUUUGUGAAUGUCAGAAAUACCCAUCUGGACACAAUCAACAAUGGAUUCGUGGUCAUCACGAUACUCUCAAUUCCAGCAUUAUUUUAUAACCAUGGAAGGAUUCAAGCCCAGGUCUGCAAAAUAUUAGAGAUAAUGGGAACUGCAGAUGCUGGAGAAUCCAAGAUAACAAAGAGUGGAGCUGGAUGAACACAGCAGGCCAAGCAGCAUCUCAGGAGCACAAGGGUCUAGGCCCGAAACGUCAGCUUUUGUGCUCCUGAGAUGCUGCUUGGCCUGCUGUGUUCAUCCAGCCCAAAUUCUUUUGCUAACAGCCUUGCCGAGGAAAACUAUAUUUUGAAAGAUGUAACAAUGAACCAUUUGUUCCUAUGCAAGUGUGGUGGGAACUACAAUUGGUGACGCAGGGCUUGAGCUGCCAUAAUCUUUAACAGCAAAGUUACAUAAAUGUAUUCUUGUUUUCGAAGGUCAAGUUUAACAUGCAUCUGUCACAAUUUAUCAGUAAACACAUCAGAAGUCUUUUUUAAAAGAAACCCAUUGAUUUAGUGCUUGUUUCUAAAGCCAGUAAUUAUAAAUUGGCACCAUUCUGCAAACUUGUUUUGCUACAGUGAUUAAUCUUUAUUUGACCAGUGUCCCCAGAUCCAGUUCAAGGACAAGACAUUGCGCAGAAUUAUUUGGGUCACGAUUUGCACAAUUGUACUGUCUGUAUAUUUUAUCCUCUGUGCCAGUGAAAUCAUGCAUGUCAAAUUAAGUGGAAUGUUGCUAUUUAAACAAAAUACAACUAUUUUACAAAAGGAUAGCCAUACAGCUAUCAUUUUCUUUAUGAAUUGUUUUGUAGAAUAAAGGAACACAACCACAAGGCAGUUGAACACUCAAAUGAUUAUAUAACAACAUUUAAUGUACGGAGUAAUUGGCCUGAGUGCCAAGAUGGCUGCCUACACAUGUGCAAACAGGCCAGGAGCAGGGCAAGACACAGUUGUCAAGUAAUGCUGGCCUUUGGGCAGUACAGCUGGGUGAGAGUGGGGUGGCUGCCGUAGGUUGCAUUGACAUUUGUAGUUAGUGUUAAUAGCACAAGGACUUCCUUCCCAACAUGGCACUAGCCAUCAUCGCUUCACUGAAUGCUGGAGGGCUUGGCUAAAUAGGCCACUCUUCAGCAUUGAAGGCAGCUGUGUCUGUUUGGCAGUGACGUAGUGCUGCCAGAUGGUGCUUCUGCUUCUGUGUAUUGCCUGUGCCAUCUAGUGGUGGUGUUCCUAUGAUAAAGCCAUUAGUAUCAGGACAGUACAGUCCCUCGAUAAGGACUUGCGUCCUCUUUAUACAAUUUGUAUUUUCUGUAUAAUACAACCUAAAUGUGAUAUUCAGAUAAUUCAGAUUUUGAACAUCAACACUAUUCAGGUUUCCCAAAUAUAUUAUGAAAAUGUAUCUUUUGCCUUCACAUUCUUAACACGUCUUGUCACAAAAUUGGAAUUGAAAUU